AUGGCAAAAGACGAAGAUCCGGCAUUGACAAUAGAUGCACCUGCUAAUGCGGACCGUAUAUCCAAUGCGUUUCCUACCGUUGAUGAGCAGCGCAUCAGGAAUUCGUUGAAGGACCGCUUUGCAUUCUCCAAAAAGGCAUGCUGCUCCUGGAAUUUUGGCGAUUUUGGCGACGCUAGCUCACCUAACUACCUGAAAGGCCAAUUUCAGGAAAAUAACAGCCAAGCAUUCUAUUCCAGCGUCAAUCCAAAUCUUCCAGUACAACCAGGUUCUGGAUCUUCAAGGCAGCCGACACUACCCCAGCAGCAAUGUACCGAACAUAAUAGCUACAGGUCUUCCUCUUCUCAGCUCCAGGCACCACCCACACCAGUAUUUCGGCCGGCUGUUUUCCUCAACUCUUCCUGUAGUACACCUGUAUCGUCCACAGGAUCUCGCGUCAGUGACAGCAGAUCUUCUACUCCGUGCCCUGCUAAGAGUCCUUCAUUACAAUUGGCAACGUCGCUAUUCAGUCCACCGAUUCGAGGUCCUGAGGACGAAAACUUUAUCAGUGGCCCGGAUGAUCUGGAAUCUGUGUCAGCUCCAGAGACCGAACCUGUCAAGAUAUCUGACAAUACAAUGUCUCGGCAUUACGGGUAUGCGGAGGAAUACAUGCCCGAUUCAGCUAAUCGGUCAACAAGAGAACGAAUAAUUGAAUAUAUCCAGCUCUAUCACAUCAAAGAUAUUAUGAAGGCAAUCUUUGACGCACAGCGCGUCAAGGCGCAGCGAACAUCGACAAAGGAGAGAUACUGCGUAAUCCUCCACAUUGAUCCUGCAGUGUUGUUGGACUACGACGAGAAUAUUGGAAAUGAAUUAAUACGGGGUUUGGCUGAGAACCUCAAAGAAGAUUUUGCCAGUGCCUGCUUUUGGCACAUUGAAAAAGCGACACGCGCUCAAUCCACCCUCUUUCCAGAGCACGUACGAGCCGCCAUCCGUCUGGCCUACUUGCCAGCGAUUCCAGAGCUGCACUUUUACAACUUACGGGAGGUCUUCAAUCACAGCCGCGGAGAACUCUGCAAAGUCACAAAGCAAAACCUUGUCGCUAUUCGUGGCAUUGUAUCAUGCUUGCACCUACCCUUUCAUACCAUAUACAGUCAGACGUAUGGAUGCCUUAACCCCAAAUGCAGAAAUCGGAAUACUAUGUAUGUUGCAAUCAAUAAUCGAGUGCAUCGAGUAGUCAAAAGGGCGGAGGACGGCACCUGCUUGCAUACCACGACAAGCGCAACGGUACAUGACGUCGAUUUAAACUGUAGCCAUUGUGGAGAUAUAAUGUUAGAUAUGGCUGCAGAUCGAGUAACAACAGUACGGCAGAAGGGCCAAAUGCUCAACAUAUGCGCUGACGGUUGCUUCUCGAACGAAGUAACAUUCGACUUGGAAGAUGACCUUGUCAAUGUUGUCCAAGUUGGUGACUACAUUGAGCUUAUUGGCAGUGUGCACGCCCAACCUGGUUAUACCAUUGGCACUCGGUUCGUCAGUACCUAUCGGAUGCUGAUUCGGGUUAAUAAUGCUCGCAAAUUGAAUUGGACUCCUGCGUUAUCCGCCAACUUGAACCUUGGAAGGGCAUGGACUCUGAACACACAAAAGCCCGAUGUGUUCGGGCGCGGGACCGAUCUGUUGCCACAAGUUUUUCUGCGAAUGCAGCAAGCGAACUUGUCACCUUAUGCAUUCUCACAAAAGCUUGUUGACAGCUUCUGUCAUGAUGUCGUGCCCCGGACAAUGUGGAGGAAAGCGAAACUUGCUAUGCUUUUAAGUCUCGUAUCGUUACCAUCAUCUGGGGAUAUUAUGCCAGAUCUUAGAUCACAGAGACAAUCCGUUAAUCUCCUGUACACUGUGGACUUGACCACGCCAGUCCUAUUGCGCUUAAUAUUACGGGCGGCAAGCUUGCGUAGAAACCAAAUCUGGACACAUGGAAUACAUUCCAAACAUGAUCCGUUGCUACAGAUCAGUGACUCUGGAAAACUACAACAUCAGCGCAUACAAGCGAGUCCGCUCACACAAGCCAGAGACGGGGUGCUUUUUGUGGAAUUAGACAAGCUUAGCCGAAAGCAGGUAGCGAGCCUGAGCGAAGCUGUGGCCACACCUAUCCUUCGUGGAUUGGCACACGGCGAACAGAUUGUCCCGUUGCAUGCAAAUGUCUGUGUCUGGGGAUCAGCAUGCACUCACAAUGCCAAGAAUAAAAGAUGGGAUCCAGAGGAAAAGACUUCUUUGGAGAAAACGGUGAAAGAGGCCGUGAAGCCAUUGCUAAGCAAAUUCGACGUUGUUCUCAACAUGUGCCAAUCGUCCACCAAGAGUAAACACGAUGAAAUCAUCAGCGGCCACAUUCUGUCACAAGAGAUGCGGAAGUUGAACGACCAGCAGCAUGGCGAUGAGCUGACGGCCGACCCGUUCUAUGUGUCCCAUGAAGACUUUGUGCAGUUUGUCCAUGCGGCUUCUAACAUUACAGUCAAGCUAUCCCUGGAAUGUCAGACCUUUCUACGCUCUUAUUUUUCCGCUCUUCGGCGUCUUGUUGGGAACAUCCCGAGUGCAGCUGAUUCUAUGCUCGCUAAAAUGGAGACUCUCAUUCGCUUAGCAUGCUGCCAUGCCAAGCUGUGUCUUCGUGAUACUGCUCUCAUCGAUGAUGGACUUGUCAGUAUCCUCUUUGUGGAAGAAACAAUGGCCGCCGCCCAUGGCAUCUCGAUUCUCGGAUUCAACAGCUUACCAAAUGACCAGGAAAAUCUCCAUGUCCUUUUCGGGUCUGGCGAACAGACUGAGAAAUCCGGGCAACGAGUCCCAGAGCGCGAGGAGGAUGUGAUGGUCCUCGACUCGGACAGUGAAAGCGAUAGCAAUGACGAUGAUUUUGGUGCUGCUUCUGUUAGCGAAAUGGCCUUCAAUCGACUCUACGCGCACACGAUUUCUAUCUUGGAUCGCUUUUCUAGUGAACUUCGCAUGUAA